CCUUGUUGUUGGUUGUUUUGUUUUGUUAACCUAACUUUUUAGGUUAGGGCUUGGCUUUUAAAAUUUUGAAAUAUAAAUGGAGAAUAGUCCGCUAAUUUGUUUACCAGGACAACGAUUGUGCCUGACCAGUAAACACUCCUCUGGCCAUGGAACAUACGAACGGCAAGGCUAUGUUUACUCAUCUCUCGCUGGAGUGGUGCAUAUCGUCAAUGAAGAUAAGACAUCGGUGAUUGAAGUACGAAGCAUUAAUGAUCAAAGUACUGUACCAUCACCUGGCGAUAUAGUCACUGCCAAAGUUAUGAUAGUCAACCAGAGGUUUGCCAAGUGCUUAAUCACCUGUAUUGGGGACACUGUGUUGACGCGGCCGUACCGCGGGAUCCUACGCAAAGAAGAUGUACGCAGCUUUGAGAAAGACCGUGUGGAGAUGUACAAAUGCUACAGACCUGGGGACAUCAUUCUCGCUAGAGUUCUUCCAAUUUCAGAAGUACACAGCUACCAACUGUCCACUGCAGAGAAUGAACUUGGCGUAGUGAUAGCUCACAGCGAAGCAGGUGUGGCCAUGAUUCCAAUUAGCUGGACAUGUAUGCAAUGUCCCAAAUCCUACAACAAAGAAGAGAGAAAAGUUGCCAAAGUUGUUCCGGAAAAAAUAACCCUCGAUUAGUAGCUACCAGCUAUGCCAUGUUUUGUACUUUUGUAAAUAAACUCACUCUUGAUUUUAA